AUCAACUUUCACAGAGAAUUCUGGCAAAGCCAAAGGCUGUGCUGUCAUUAAAAAUGAUUUUUUAUUAAGCUGAACUCUCUCUUCUCUCAUAUUGUAUGAUAUGACAGCUCUCUUUUGAUGGGAAAGCUUUCAUUUGGCCAGAGAAAGGGAUAAUUUGCUUCUUUUAAGGAGUUAAUCCUCUGGUCCAUUUCUGGGCUGGGAACAGCUAUCCUCCCCCUUCCUUGGAUAGGAGGCUGCAGCACAAUGGAGAUCAUAACCACCUCAAAUCUACACCCGAGAUGGAGAAAUCAGAUUUCCUUCUCCAGUCAUUUUUGUGGGAUUAGCUAAAUCUUAGAUCCACACUAACCCUUCACAAAGCUGCCAAGAUUAGUUAGAAUUUAUUUUAUUUGCAGGGGGGGUUUACGGUUUUCUUUCCAAAGGGAUUAUAUCUCUCUCUAUAUAUAUAUUUAGAGUGGCUUCAGUCAUAACACAGCUAGGUCAGAGGGAGGAAAAGAGAGUGUGGGUAUAAAAUAAAAACUCAGCUGCAAGAAUGACAGUUACUUGAAACGCCAAGACAAAGCAGUGGUUCUGAAUGGCUUUGCCAGUCCAUUUUAAAAGCCACAUAAGCUGUCCUGUCCCUAGCAAAACUCCACUAGGGAGGGAGAGCAAAGGCCCUCAGUUGGGCUGCCUGUUUCCCCAGCUGCUGCUGCUGCUGCUGGCACAGGAUGUCUUCAGAGGCAGUGCCAGGUGCUGAGGCCAGCAGGAGAGGCCUGAAGAAGCCACGUCCAUUCAGCAUCGAGGACAUCCUCUCCAGCCCUGUGGAGAAGAGCCCCCAGGUCUUGGUGCCACUGUGCCUACGGAACAUCUGGGACUGCACACCCAAGAGGCUGUGUGAGCUGGAGACCAUCCCAGCCAGCUCCCUGCAGGAGGAGGAGGAGGAGGAAGAGGAGGAAGAGCUGGAAGGGGCAGGCUGCAGCUGCUGCUGCUGCUCUCACGUGAGCGCCCGUUCCCUGCAGGACCUGCCGGGUUGGCUGGACGCCCGGUUCCCCUGGCCCCUGCGGCUCUUCCACCCCGCAGGCAGGGUCUGUAGGGGCUCCCAGGAGACGCCGGGCCAGCUGCAGAGCCUGCAGCAGAUGCAGCGCCGCACGCGCCGGCACCGCACCAUCUUCACCGAGGAGCAGCUGCAGGCCCUGGAGACGCUGUUCCACCAGAACCAGUACCCGGACGUGGUCACCCGCGAGCACCUGGCCAACCGCAUCCACCUGAAGGAGGAGAGGGUGGAGGUUUGGUUUAAAAAUCGUCGGGCGAAGUGGCGGCAUCAGAAGAGGGUGACAGCCUCAGCACUGCUCCUGCAGCCCAAGCAGCCCCCCAAGGAGAGCUGUUAGUGCUCACAGGCUGCAGAGAACACCGAGA